UUGAUGCUGCGCAUGCGUGAACCUUCAGAGCAAAUUAUACAUAUUGGGAUAUGCAUAGUAACUAGUUAUAAGGCUAUUAAACAUUUUUAUAAAAAAAAAUCAAUAUGUCAGUUAAUGUAUGUCAGUUAAUUUGACUAUUGACUGUUGUGCAGGUUAGUCUGUAGGUGCAGGUCAGACUGAGCUGUAAGACUUUAUCAUGUCCUUUUUUACACGCAUUAAAAUGUUCACGUCUGAACUCGGUUCUGCUUACUGACAUUUAAUAUAAUAUAUUUUAAAAAGGUUUAAUUAUUUAUCACACAAAUUAUGCACUUAUUUUACGCAUUUGUUUUAAAAAAUGAAGAGCAAGAAUAAUAACAACAGGCUUUAAAUGGUUUCCGUUUAUUUCUUUUUGUUCGGGCGAAAAUGAAGGAGCUUCUGUUUGUAAUGAGCUUCAGGAAAAUGACGGAGCUGCUGUUGGUUUAUUUCUCUGUGGCUCUUCAUCUGUGGAGCUUUUCAUCCCUGGCAUCUCCUCCUAAAGUCAUUGGUGUCACAGUAAAAGCUCGAUCUGAGACCCUGCUAACCUUGGAGUGGACUAAAGUGAACAAUUACAACUACAUAUUGGGAUACAGUAAUGGAACAGAAACUCCUCUUACUGUAUCUGCUCAUGGGUCUGUGUUAAGAUAUACGGUCUCCUCUCUGUCUCCUGGGACCAAGUAUGCCUUUGUUUUGUAUGCUGUGUUUAAAGGAGUAAAGCAAAGAGCUUUCAACUUUACUGCUGUUACCAGUCCUUCUAAUGUCGCCAGUGUGUCUGUAAAGGCUCGUUCUGAGACUGCAAUAACAUUUGAGUGGAGUAAAGUGAACAACAAUAAUAAAUACAUUUACAUGAUUAGGCAAAGCAACAGGUCUGAAGCAUACGUUCCCAUGUAUUGGGGAGGAUCUACAGCAACAUACACCGUAUCCUUUUUAAGUCCUGGAACCAAAUAUAACUUUACACUUUACACAGUAUUUGGUGGAGAAAAGAGCAGUGGCUACAACUUCUCAGCAGCAACCAUGCCUGUGAAUGUGGCGAGAGUUAACGUAACACAGCAAUCUGCAGAUCAGUUAGAACUGUCUUGGAAUGAAAUAAGAAGCAAUAAUCUCAGCUACAUCCUGAGAGACGGCAGCAAGACUGAGACCGUAAUCUCUGCGUUAGGGAACGGCUCUGUGAUGACGCAUACGGUCUCAUCACUCGCUCCUGGGACCAGAUACAACUUAACGCUCUAUACAGUGUUCAAUGGCAUCAGGAGUAGAGGCCUGACCUUCACUUCAGUCACAGCAUCUCUUACUGUGACUGGUCUGCGCUGUGAGCGUCUGUCUGGAGGAACUUCUUUGGCUUUAGUUUGGGAUGCUCCCUCUGGACAAUGGACAGGAGUAGAAGUGCAGAUGAAGGGAAGAAACCCUCAAUAUGUAAAUGGAACAAGACUUGAACUCCAAAAUCUUUAUCCUGCCUUUUGGUACCACGUGAUGCUGAAAUUAUAUUCAGGAGAUGUAAAGAGUGCUCCAGUUUCUAUCAGCUGUCAGACGGAUCCAAGAGGAGUGAUCGCAGGAGUCGUGUUGGUUCUUCUUUUUGUGCUCUUCGUUAUUUGUCUUGUAGUUGUGAGUCGUAGGAAGUCAAACCUCCAAAGACGACGUAGAAAAACUCAUUCGGACUUGCAAACCGAUCCGACGUCAGUUCGAGGAGCAGAGGAAGGUGUGUGUAAUGUUCCUGAUCUGUCAUCUGAUGGCAAGAAGCGCUUUGGCCAGAGACUGAGUAAGAAAAAGAAAGUUAAACCUAUACAAGAAAACCCGUAUUUACCUCCUGACUCAGACGCUCACAGGUAGAGAAAAGAGCUGCAAUGUGAGAUGAAAUGUAUAUUUUUUCAUCGUGUGCUAGAGCUUGCGUUGGGGACUGAUGUCAUGUCUUACUGAAAGCUUUUACUAAGUGUGUUUUAAUAGUCUAAGCCUUACGGAGCGUUAAUGCCAGGCUGCUUAUGUGCUUUAGAACUUGUGCUUUUUUGACAGUUGUUAUUUAUUCAUAAACUUAAUUUCAUGACUUUGGCUUAGUGUACAAAUGACCUAAAACAAAUGGAAGUAAAAAAGUUAUUCAUUGUCUUCUGUAUUUUAAACACUGACAAUAAAGGACACUUUUUUUCUGUUACUAUUUAAUAAAAAAUGGUGUUUUACCCAGAAAUCAUUGACA